CCAAAAUACAACAUUUGUUAUCGUAGUCCGUGAGGGAGGAAGAGGAGAGAAUCACGUCUGCAGACUUCAGGCUACGCUGUUGGAAAAAUGCUCCUCUUCUACCAACCCCAGUGUCCAGACCUAUAUGUGUCGGCCUGCUGCUAACGUGCGAGCGUCUUCCUGUAUUGAGGUGAAUGAGCAGUACCGCUAGAAAGCUUACUCGCUUCAUCGAUCACCAGAUACCCAGGAAGGAACACCACAGUCCCCUACACCACUCCCCCGGUGCAACGACCUCAAGUGUUUCACCACCCUUUCACGGUCUUAUCACACGGUUCAUCCAACGGUCUUCCCUUCCCUUCCAGCCCUCUGUCCUCCGGCAAAUCAGAGCAGGAUGGAGGCCUCUUUUGGCCCCACCUUCUCAACUGUGGCCGCAGGUGCUAAAGGUAGCACACACAGGAGAACCCCCUCCUCCUCUAGUACCCUGACCUACUCCCCCCGCGACGACGACGACAUGCCUCCCAUCGGGACGCCCCGCAGGUCAGACUCGGCCAUCUCCAUCCGUUCUCUGCACUCUGAGUCCAACAUGUCCCUGCGGUCCACCUUUUCCCUGCAUGAAGAGGAGGAGGACACGGAGCCCCAGGUGUUUGCGGAGCAGCCGUCGGUGAAGCUGUGCUGCCAGCUCUGUUGUAACGUCUUCAAAGACCCAGUCAUCACCACGUGUGGGCACACUUUCUGCAGAAGAUGCGCCUUGAGUUCAGAUAAAUGUCCGGUGGACACGGCCAAGCUGACCGUGGUGGUCAACAACAUCGCUGUGGCCGAGCAGAUCGGCGAGCUCUUUAUCCACUGCAAGUACGGCUGCCGAGCCACGCCGGCCAGCGCCACCGCUGGGGGAGGGGCUGGGGGAGGGGCUGCGGCGGUGGCGGGCUCUGGGGUCGCAGCGCCCGGGGCCGCCACCGUGGCCGUCCCCACCAUCACCACCGUGGCGGGAAAACCGGGCGCGUAUGAGGUGGACCCCCUCGGCUGCCCCUUCACCAUCAAGCUCACCGUACGCAUGGAGCACGAGGUGAGCUGUGACUACCGGCCGGUGCGUUGCCCUAACAACCCAUCUUGCCCCCCGCUGCUCACCAAACACCUGGAAGCCCACCUCAAGGAGUGUGAACACAUCAAGUGUCCUCACUCCAAAUAUGGCUGCACGUUCAUCGGGAACCAGGACACCUACGAGACUCACCUGGAGGUGUGCAAGUUUGAGGGCCUCAAGGAGUUCCUGCAGCAAACCGAUGACAGGUUCCAUGAGAUGCAGCUAACGCUCUCCCAGAAGGACCAGGACAUCGCCUUCCUGCGCUCCAUGCUGGGCAAACUCUCUGAGAAACUGGACCAGCUGGAGAAGAACCUGGAGCUCAAGUUUGACGUGCUAGAUGAGAACCAGAGUAAGCUGAGCGAGGACUUGAUGGAGUUCCGUAGAGAUGCCUCCAUGCUUAACGACGAGUUGUCCCACAUCAACGCCAGGCUCAACAUGGGCAUCCUGGGCUCCUACGACCCCCAGCAGAUCUUCAAGUGCAAGGGGACCUUUGUGGGCCACCAGGGGCCCGUGUGGUGCCUCUGUGUCUACUCCACCGGAGACCUGCUCUUCUCCGGCUCCUCAGACAAGACCAUCAAGGUGUGGGAUACCUGCACUACAUACAAGUGUCAGAAGACCUUAGAAGGUCACGACGGCAUUGUCUUGGCGCUGUGCAUCCAGGGGAACCGGUUGUACAGUGGCUCUGCGGACUGCACCAUCAUAGUGUGGGACAUCCAGACUCUGCAGAAGGUGAACACGAUCCGGGCCCACGACAAUCCUGUGUGCACGUUAGUCUCCUCCCACAACAUGCUGUUCAGUGGCUCCCUCAAGGCCAUCAAGGUGUGGGACAUCGUGGGCACAGAGCUGAAGCUGAAGAAAGAGCUGACUGGUCUCAACCACUGGGUCCGAGCACUGGUGGCUUCUCAGAACCACCUGUACAGCGGCUCCUAUCAGACCAUCAAGAUCUGGGACAUUCGCUCCCUGGAUUGUGUCCAUGUGCUCCAGACCAGCGGGGGCAGUGUGUACUCCAUCGCUGUCACCAACCACCACAUCGUCUGCGGCACCUACGAGAACCUCAUCCAUGUGUGGGACAUAGACACUAAGGAGCAGGUGCGUACCCUGACGGGUCACGUGGGGACUGUGUACGCCCUGGCGGUCAUCUCCACGCCGGACCAGACCAAGGUGUUCAGCGCCUCCUACGACCGCUCGCUGCGGGUGUGGAGCAUGGACAACAUGAUCUGCACCCAGACCCUGCUGAGGCACCAGGGCAGUGUGACGGCACUGGCCGUCUCUAGGGGGCGCCUGUUCUCGGGGGCGGUGGACAGCACCGUGAAGGUGUGGACUUGUUAGAACGUCACGUGUCCUCCCACUCUCUUCCCCCCC